UUCCACAUCUCUCUCUCUCUAUUUCCUCCCUUUAUUGGUUUCUAUCUUCCAUCUUCCUCUUGCUUCAUUUCUUUGGUCUGCUUCUUCAAUUCCUAAAAACAGAGACAAGUUUUUCAAGAAAAACAAAAAGAAAAGGAGAGACAUUCAUAUAUGGGUUAGCCUCAAGAUUCGAGAAAGACUAUUUCUUCAUGUUCCUGGUCUAUAAAGUAUUGUUGAUUUGGUGACAGAUUUAGAUUAUGUUUUGGGAAGAGGGAGAGGCAAUAUGCGGUAAUUAGAUGCAUUGAAUUGAAACAAAGUGACUCUGGAUUCCUCGGUGGCUAACGACCGCCGUCGCCGCCGCCGCAAUCCCACCACCACCGACGAAAACGACGACAACCUUGAAUCUCCUCAAUAUGCUCCAACGAUGGGGAAUGAGGAACCUAACCACCACCAUCUAGUAGAUUCGCAGUCGCCGCCUCUUCUCGCGAUGACACACCAGUCGCUGUUUUCGGCGGUAGCGGCGACGGAGAACGGUGGUUGCGGCGAGAUCGUGGAGGUGCAAGGAGGUCACAUUGUCCGGUCAACAGGAAGAAAAGACAGACACAGCAAAGUUUGUACAGCCAAAGGCCCACGUGACCGGCGCGUGAGGCUUUCAGCUCCGACGGCGAUUCAAUUCUACGACGUUCAAGAUAGACUCGGCUUCGAUCGACCAAGCAAAGCCGUCGAUUGGCUUAUCAUGAAAGCUAAAUCCUCCAUUGACGACCUCGCCAAGCUUCCUCCUUGGAAUCCCGCCGAUACAAUCCGUCAAGCUGCAGCAAACGCUAAACCCAGGAGACCCAAAACCCUAAUUUCUCCGCCGCCGGAGACGGGAAUUCGCGGUGGCUCGGUAUCAACCCGAGAAGAAACAGAGCAUCAUCGUCAUCACGACUCGAGUUUUCUUCCGGCGUCGAUGGACUCUGAUUCGAUAGCUGACACUAUAAAGUCCUUUUUCCCAGUCGUUUCAACGGAAUCUCCUCCGCCGCAGAACUAUCAUCAUCAGCCACCGUCGGAAUUUCCUUCACGAGCCACCAAUAAUACCCAAAACCAAGAUCUUCGUCUCUCACUUCAAUCUUUCCAAAAUGGUCCGCCUUUUGCUAACCAAACAGAGCAUGUUGAGUUCUCCGGCCAGAGCAAUCCGUUAGGGUUUGAUUCAUCGACGGCAAGCUGGGUCCAGUCGCAACAGAAUCACAACCAGUCACCGGAAUUCGGAAGAGUGGUGACGUGGAACAACGGCGGAGCAGCUGAUUCCGCCGCAAUCGGAGGAGGAAGAGGAGGAUUUGUGUUUGCUUCUCCGGCGACAACGACGUCGUUUCCGUUUCAGCCAGAUUAUGGCCAAAGUCAGGUUUUUUCUCAGAGGGGUCCCCUUCAGUCCAUUAAUACACCCAUGAUUCGUGCUUGGUUUGAUCCUCACCAUCAUCAUCAGUACACUAACACGGAUCAUCAUCCUUACCAAAUUCCACCGGCGAUUCACCAAUCAGCGAUUCCAGGCAUCGCACUUGGUUCGAGUGGUGAAUUCUCCGGUUUUUGUAUACCGGCACGGUUUCAGGGCGAGCAAGAGGAGCACCGCGACAACAAACCGUCGUCUGCUUCAUCUGAUUCUCGCCAUUAAUCAAGAUUCAAAAACACACACAGGAAACAAAAAGAGAAUAAACGAGUGCAACACAAAUGGUUUCUUUCCAUAUUCCAGAUAUCGAAUGGCCUAUAAAUCCAAUGAAAGGAAAGGAAGAAGAGAAAGAGAAACAGAUCUGAUCGACAGUAUCAAGUUCUUCUUCUUCCAAGUCCAAGCCUUUGCUAAUUUGAAUUCAUUUUGUAUAAAUCAGAGCUGUAAUCUCUAUUAUGUUCUAGCCCCACGAGCUCACAUAUGUUUGUUGUAAUCCUGAUUAUGAAGCAUAUUUUGCUCUUGUUGUUGUUGUUGUUUUAAAUAAAUUUGUUAUUCCCUCAUGCUCUUGUGUUGGAAACCUUUUAACCCCACUUGAAUCUAAAGUCUCAACCUUUUUCCC